AUGAAGUUCUCGCUCGCCCUCCUCGCCAUCAUCCCCGCCGCUCUCGCCGCCCCCAUCCUUGAGCCUCGUCAGAGCGGCGUCUCCGUUCGUUGCGGUAGCGUCUCCUACUCUUCCAGUCAGGUCAACCGUGCUAUCAACAACGCCGAGUCUGGCAACUACGACAGCUCCGGUUACCCUCACACUUACAACAACUACGAAGGUUUCGACUUUUCCGACUACUGCAACGGCCCUUACAAGGAGUACCCUUUGAAGAGCUCUUCUUCGGGUUACACUGGCGGCUCGCCUGGUGCUGACCGGGUUGUGUACGAUGCUAACGAUGGUACUUUCUGCGGUGCUAUCACCCACACUGGCGCUUCGGGCAACAACUUUGUUCAGUGCUACUACUAA